AUGAGCAAUCCUUACCGGUGUUGGUUUACCAUUGACCACCCAACCGACUCCGUGCGAGCUCUGUCGUUCUCAACUAGCGGGCGGUAUCUUGCCAGCGCAAGCAAUGACAAAACGCUCCAAGUAUACGACCGGCUACGGAACUUCCGUAUGAUUUGGGCCUACAACCACUCUAGUCCGUUCAUUUCUCUUGCGUGGCGGACCGACAGCACUUUGGUCGGUGGAAGCAUGCAAGGCGAAGUCGUUCAGUUCACGCUCAAUCCGUUCUUUCUGUUAGGAAUCAAAGGACCAAACGUCAUCUACGAGUUCUCGUCGCCCGUUUCCUCAAUCGAAGCCAAUCAGUCAUCGAAUCAACUACUUAUCUGCUCGGGUAGGGCAGUGAACGUGCUCUCAGAGGCGGACGAUCACAGCUGGUCAUUGAAGAUACGCUUAGACUGCGCCCAUUCUAUUGGAGAACCAGCCAACUUCAAGGAACCUCCGGUCAUUGCGACUGGUGCAUUCUACCUAAAGGGCGAAGGUGAGUGUGUCGUCACAUAUCUUUUCCACGGCGUUUGGAGAGUCGAUUUAGAGACGGGGGAGGGGCAAUGGAGCAUUGGACCCAAUGAAAAAAUUGGAAUGGCGGCCAUCUCGCCAGAUCGCACCGCAAUGGUUGCAAGUAACAUCCGCACAGGGAUGGACUGGUACGAUCUUUCGAAAGCAUCAUGGAUCAAGAGCAGCACCUCCCUUGAACGUCAAGAAAAAGACGUCAACAUUCCGCUUCCGGUGAAAUUCAUAAACAAAGGUUGCGCAGUCGUCAUGGGCACUACCAAGGGAUACGCAGUUAUAUUUCAUGCUGAACAUGGCCGACAGGUACAAACUCUUGAUCAUGCUAAUCACAAAAUCUGGGUCACUGCAUUGGCUUACCAGGAAGCUGGUCAUCAAAAUCGGAUUUUGGCCACCGCUGAUGGUAACGUUGGUGAACGAGCAAAGAUACGCAUUUGGACGCCGGUCAACCAGAACGGUGUGAAACACAUACUGCGCCUAUUUUGGUUUCCUGCAGCAUCUCACAUGUGGAAGUAUUUUUGUACUGCUCUUCUACUUCUGCUGUUUGGAUUUGCCCUUCGUUUCCUUCCCAUCUCGCUACAGGAGAAGUUGAGAGAUUGGUUCCUGAUCAUUCUCUUUGGUGAUUCGCUAGAGGAAUUUACGGUGAUCUCUGUACCACUCCCUGAGAUUUUCGAAACACCGCCUUCCUCGUCUUUCUUCGUUUCACAACAAUUCCCAGCGGUCCUGAGUUUCCGUGUUGGACCAUGGACUUGCUCUUUCAACUCCGGUAGAUUUGCUUUUUCUGUUGGAUCGAUCAUUGGUGCCACUUAUUACACCGUACAGGCUUUUGGUACUCAGUAUGCUCGUGUAAUGAAUACUUACAAUCUGACUAGUACUUCUAAACAUCCCGAAAUGGUGAUAGUUUCUAGCACGAUAACAAGAGAACUGUAUCAAACGGUCAGUCUGACCCAAAUUCGCCAUACUGAUUUCAUGGCAUGA